AGGAGCGCGACACGCUGCAACGCUGGGAGUUCGGGGCCUUGAACUCGGAGAAGGUCUUGGCCUUUAGCAGCUUCGUGCGCUGCUGGGUGACCGAUGCACAGCUGCUGGUGGCCGGGCUCUUCAACGGAGCACUGCAAGUGGUGCAUUGGGAGACCGGGCGAAAGGAGCUCUUGAAUGGUCGCCACGGCGAUGAAGUCAUUGCCGUGGCCCUCAACGACCAGCACGUGCUCUCCGGCAGCGGUGAGCCCGGCUACUACGCGCGCCAGGCGCAGGACGCCUCGGUGCGGCUCUGGCGCCGCGACGCCGACGGGGACGCGGGUCCCAGCGUGAGGCCGGCCGGGUGCUUCAAGGGCCACGCGGAUUCGGUGCGCGCGGUGGCGUUGUUCCACACGGAGCCUUUGAAGGACUACGGUCUCUCGGGCAGCGUGGAUUGCCACGUGAUCCUGUGGCGCCUCAGUCGCGGCGAAGCGGAGGCCACGGCGCUGCUCUGCGGGCCGUGCCGCUGCUUGCGGGUUCUCUGCGAGGGCACGGCGCGCGCGCGGAUCUUCGCCGGGUCAGGGGAGGGCGUGGCGGAGCUGGCCUUGACGCGCACGAGCACGGGCAGCUCCACGGCGACGUUGACGCAGCUGAAGUUCGUGUCGGCCUAUGUGGAGGUCUCCUCAUUGAGUUAUUUUCCAAGUCCUCCGUUGCGGCAGGACAUGGAUCAAGGACAUUGGCCCAAGAGCUUCCUGGGAGCCAAUCUGAAAGUCGCGGUGGGCAGCGUGGAUGGACAAUUCGCUUUGUUGCAAGCGGGAAGCUGUCGAGCCGUGCAUGAGCUCUUCAAGCCCAGUGAGGGUGUGAGCCAGGAGGUCAUCUCGUUAGUCAUGAUCAGUGACAAUCGCAUUCUGCUGGUGAGCAGGGCUGGGAUUCUCACGCUGCUGGCCUGGGAGGGCCUCUUGUCCUCGGAGGCGCCGUGCCGCGCCGUCUGGUCCAAGACAGGCGGAGGGAGGACGCGCGGAGGGCGGAGGGCGGAGGACGGAGGAGAUGGAGAGCCAGACAUGAGAAGAAAAGGGAGACCUGGUGUGCACGUGGUGGAUCACAUGAUCAUCUCCUUGAAAAGGUGGCAAAAGGGACUGUGGAAGGACUGUGGUAUAGAUGAAUCCCCCCACUUUGCAACGAUCGUUGACAAAGAAUAGACUCAUGGGUGGAUCUCACGAAACCAG